AUGGCAGAAUCGCUGGAGGACCUUAGCACUAUGCUCAAUGACCUCAAUGGUGUCUCCCAACGGAUAGGUCUUAAGAUGAACAUGGACAAAACAAAGAUCAUGUUUAAUGUCCAUGUCACACCUAUGCCGGUAGUUGUUGCGAGUACUAUGCUCGAAGUUGAUGACGAGUACGUUUACCUGGGACAAAUAGUCCGACUAGGUAAGUCAAACUUCGACCGAGAGGUUAAUCGACGGAUUCAACUUGGCUGGGCGUUCUGGAAAUUACGACACAUCUUCUUAUCAGGUAUACCUCAAUCUCUGAAAACUAAAGUGUACAACCAGUGCGUGUUGCCAGUGAUGACUUACGGAUCUGAGACGUGGUCCUUCACUGCUGGCCGUAUGAGGACGCUCAAGGUCACUCAGCGAGCUAUGGAGAGGGCUAUGCUCGGAGUUUCUCUGCGUGAUAAGAAAUGA